GGGUGCACCAUGCAAACAGAGAGAGUGCAUCCUUCGCAACAACGCCUUCGAGCAGAGCAGACUUCGGUGAUUGGACGAGACGAUAGUGAAAAAUUACCCGGCGUGGGCACAWAGAACCGUGCGGUACUAAUUGUUGAGUAAAAUGGCGCUGUCGUCUGCAGGAGGAACAAAGAAGAAAGUUUGCUAUUAUUAUGAUGGUGACGUGGGUAAUUAUUACUAUGGUCAGGGUCAUCCCAUGAAACCCCACAGGAUCCGUAUGACCCACAACCUSCUGCUCAACUAUGGACUGUACAGGAAGAUGGAGAUAUARAGACCCCACAAGGCCAAUGGAGAGGAGAUGACCAAGUACCACAGUGACGACUACAUCAAGUUCCUGCGUUCCAUCCGGCCAGACAACAUGUCAGAACACAGCAAGCAGAUGCAGAGAUUUAAUGUGGGAGAGGACUGCCCAGUGUUUGACGGCCUGUUUGAGUUCUGUCAGCUCUCAACGGGAGGCUCUGUCGCGGGGGCAGUGAAGCUGAACAAACAGCAGACGGACAUCGCCGUGAACUGGGCCGGAGGACUCCAUCACGCCAAGAAGUCUGAGGCCUCUGGGUUCUGCUACGUCAACGACAUAGUCCUCGCCAUCCUGGAGCUGCUCAAGUACCACCAGAGGGUGUUGUACAUAGACAUCGACAUUCACCAUGGAGACGGAGUGGAAGAGGCUUUUUUCACCACAGACCGGGUCAUGACUGUCUCCUUCCACAAGUAUGGAGAAUACUUCCCUGGUACAGGAGACCUGAGGGACAUUGGAGCAGGGAAGGGAAAGUACUAUGCUGUAAACUACCCUCUCAGAGACGGCAUCGACGACGAGUCUUAUGAAGCCAUCUUCAAACCUGUGAUGGCUAAAGUGAUGGAGAUGUUCCAACCCAGUGCUGUAGUGUUACAGUGUGGAGCGGACUCUCUCUCAGGAGACCGACUGGGCUGCUUCAACCUCACCAUCAAAGGUCAUGCUAAGUGUGUUGACAUGAAGAGUUUCAACCUGCCUCUGCUGAUGUUGGGAGGGGAGGUUAACCAUCCGUAA